GGUCACAUGACUCGGGGAGUGCUCCUGCCCUGGGAGAGGCUCAGCUCAGAGGGAGAGAGGACAGCAGAGCCCACGGCCUGAGCAGCCCUGCUUGGGGAGCUGAAGAUCUUCUCCACAGAGGGAGGACGGAGCAGGCAGCAGAGACCAUGGAGACCCGCUCAGCCACUUCCCACAGAGGACUCCUUCCUUGGCAGGGGCUCCUGCUCGCAGCCUCACUUUUAACCUUCUGGAACCCACCCACCACUGCCCAAAUGACUAUUGAUUCGGUGCCUAGCGAUGCUGCUGAAGGGGGAGAUGUUCUUCUACUUGUCCGCAAUCUAUCAGCCAAUAGUAUUGCCUAUAGCUGGUUCAAAGGGGAAACUGUUACCUCCAACAAUCAGAUUGCAGCAUAUUUGGUAGCUGAUGGAACAACUACACAGGGGCCUGCAUACAGCCAUCGAGAGACAAUAUACCCCAAUGGAUCCCUGCUGUUCCGGAACGUGAUUCUAGGGGACACAGGAGUGUACACCCUACAAGUUACGCAACCUAAUUUCCUGACUGAAAUAGCAUCUGGACAGUUCCGAGUACACCCGGCGCUACCCAAACCCUCCAUCACAAUCAGCGACUCCAACCCUGUGGAAGGAAAGGACUCUGUAGUGUUAAUAUGUGAACCUGAGACUCAGAACACAACCUACCAGUGGUGGAUAAACGGUCAGAGACUUCAAGAUGGUAAUAGGCUGAACCUGUCCGAUGAUGGCAGGAGUCUCACUUUGUUCAAUGUCACAAGAAAUGACACAGGACCCUAUGAGUGUGAAACCUGGAAUCUAGUGAGUGGCAACCGAAGUGACCCAGUGACCCUGAACAUUUCCUAUGGCCCGGAUGCCCCCAGCAUAACGCCCACAGACUCAUAUUUCUAUCCGGGGACAAACCUCAACCUCUCCUGCCAUGCAACCUCUAACCCUCCUGCACAGUAUUCUUGGUUUUUCAAUGGGAAUCACCUGCAAUCCACGCAGGAGCUCUAUCUCCCCAGCAUCGCUGCAAAUCAUAGCGGAUCUUAUACCUGCAGCGUCCAUAACCCCACCACUGGCCUCAAUAGGACCACAACCAAGAAUAUUACAGUCAUUGAGCCGGUGUCUCCACCCUCCAUCCAAGCCACCAACACCACAGUGGCAGAAGAGGACUCUGUGGUCCUGACCUGCCUCACAGGUGACACCGGAGUCUCCAUCCGGUGGGUCCGCGAUGACCAGCCUCUGCGGCUCACAGACAGGAUGACGCUGUCCCCGAACAGCAGCGUCCUCACCAUAGACCCGGUCAGGAGGGAAGAUGCUGGGGAAUAUCAGUGUGAGGUCUUCAACCCUGUCAGUUCCAGAAGAAGCAGCAUUAUCAGGCUGGAGGUGAAAUAUCCAGUAAGAGAAGAUUCUGACCUCUCAGGUGGGGCCAUUGCCGGCAUUGUGGUUGCAGUUGUGGCCGGGGUGGCUCUGAUAGGUGCCCUGGCGUAUUUCCUGUUUUUCAGGAAGAUCGGCCGGGCAAGCGACCAGCAUGAUCUCACAGAGCACAAACCCUCAGUCUCCAGCCACAGUAAGUAAAGCCACUCACCCAGUCAGAACGGGUAUGUCCCACCGUGUGCCCUACCCUGACAGAGAACCCCAGAUUCACCAACUACUCCCUCCCCUCUGAAUUUUUUACGAGGGGAUCUCCACUUCCCAGCCCUAAGUUGAUGCAGGUCCUCAAACCCUUCCUAGCCACAAGGGUGCCCUGAGACACAGACUGGAAAGAGGCUCCCUGCACCUAAGCUAGGCAGGUGCCAAGAGUCAUUUCUUCAUCCUUACUCCUUCCCUCCUUCCUCUAUUACGGACGUGGGCAUUCUCCCUCGGUGAGAGUUUCCUUGCCUCAUGGGUGCGCUGGGUGCUAUGGGCCCUCACUGCCCCUCCUUGCCAUUGGAGCAUGUUGCUAAGAAACACAUCUGGGGGAAGGAAAAAAAAAAGAUCAAGCCCUUGUGAACUGGUAGAAAUCUUCAGAGGUGAACUGAGGCCUCUCGUGGCUCUAUCCCCGCCCGUCCUCUGGUUCUAGUGCACUGAGUCUGGACCACAGACUCUGGGGGAAGCAAAUUCCUUAAGUGAUCAUGGGCUUGCUCUCCCAGACUCCCCAAAAUCACCCCUUGCUUCAUCCUUCAGCCAAAUCAUCAGGCCUUAAAUCCACUUUGCAUUUUCAUGGAGUGGUAACUCUUCUUUUGC